ACAAGAACCAAACUCGCCGGAGAACACAAUGGGGUCUCUGCGCUUCCCGUUUUCGUUUUCUCAGCCCGCCACCACGCGCUUCCCCUCCGGCGCCUUUUCACCAGGAUCCAUCGCCUGCUCCGUCGCUGUCUCCGCCGCUAUCGGCGCCGGCAUUUCUGCUGGCAUUUCCAUCUCACAGAACUCCACCAAUCCAUCUCUUCAUAGCGCAUUGAAUUCCUUCCUUUCUAAUUUCUCACGCUCAUCACCACUAUGGGGUUCACUAUCGCUGUCCGACUCCUCCGCUGCCGUGGUCACCGAAUCAAAGACCGGCUUUUCGUUUCCGGCAGUUUUGAAGGACUCUCAGGGACUUCUCGGAAUCGGAUUGAGGAGAAAGGCCGUGUUUGGACUGAAGAACAUCGAUGUUUACGCCUUCGGUGUUUAUGCUGAUGAUAAUGAUAUCAAGAAUUUUCUAAGCGAGAAAUAUGGGACACUCUUAACUAAUGAACUGAAGCAGAAGGAAGUCACUCAAGAUUUGAUGGAAAGUGAUAUAAGUGUUACUGUGAGGCUCCAAAUAGUUUAUGGAAAACUUAGCAUUCGUUCUGUUCGUAACGCAUUCGAGGAUUCAGUUGGAAGCAGAUUAAAGAAGUUUGGAGGAUCCGAAAAUAAAGAGUUACUUCAAAAGUUCACUUCUCAGUUUAGCGAUGAAUACAAGAUUCCUCGUGGAUCUAUCAUCGACCUCUCGAAGGAAAAGGGAUAUGUGCUUCGAACCACUAUCGAUGGCAAGGAGGUAGGAAGUGUCCAAAGCCAACUCUUAUGUCGCUCGAUUUUGGAUCUUUAUAUUGGCGACGAACCUUUCGAUUCUAAAGCAAAAGAAGAGAUCAAUCUCAAGUUGGCUUCUGUUGUCACAAAGUAACACCUUCCAUGGUCAUUGGAAAACUUUCCGAUCGGACCAUCUUCGCCUUGCGAUUUUCGUAUCGAAGCCAAAGUUUCGUAGUGGUGAGCACCGCGAUCAUGACUCGAGUGAGUGAAUAUUGUGUAUGCAAAUAUGUAUCUU